CGGAUUUUGAUCAUUCAUAUUCUCAUACCACCACCACCACCAACACCACCACCACCACUACCCCAACCACCACCAUCACCACCACCACCCCAACCACCACCACCACCACCACUACCACCACUACCACCACCGCCACCACCACAGCCACCACCAUCACCACCACAGCCACCACCAUCACCACCACAGCCACCACCAUCACCAGUGGGAAUGACAAGUUUGAUCCUGGCAACUGAUAUGGCAAGACACGGAGAAAUUCUGGAAAGCAUGAAACGUAAUUUAGAAGACGGAUUCAACAUUGAGAAGAAGGAGCAUCGGGAAACGUCUGAUAACCAUGGCAAUGACGAUGAUGAUGAUGAUGAUGAUGAUGAUGAUGAUGAUGAUGAUGAUGGUGAUGAUGAUGAUGAUGAUGAUGAUGACGGUGAUGAUGAUGAUCUGAAAAUGGUUCUGAUCAAGUGUUGUGACAUCUCAAACGAAGUCCGUCCACUCUCUGUCAGUGAACCUUGGGUGGAUUGUCUGUUGGAAGAAUAUUUCAACCAGGUGAGCAACUCUCGUCCAGUUUGUCCUGAUUGCGUGUGGCUUGAUCAGAAGCACAAAGCUACCAAGUUGUAUCUAGGAACGCAGUGA